UAAUGGUUCAUGCAGCUGUGGGGAACCUAUUUACAUAUAUAGACCUCCAAAGAGACUUUAACAUAUUCUUUUCUCUUGAAUGGAUUCUAACAAUCAUUAAUCUUUUAUCCAAUUUAAAAGUGCACCAAGGAUCGAGGCUGUACGAGGAUAUGAGCCAGGGUGAACAGCCUGCCACUGCUGCUAAUGGUGAUGAUGAUGGCCCUGUUACAGCCAAGACCAACACCCCAAACAUUCCAGCUACCCGUUCAUUAUUCGAUGCUCGGCAGAGCAGAAUCCAAGAAGAUCGGGACACCUGGAUCUUUGUGAUUUGUGAAACCAGCAGGCGCAAUUGCGACAGCAUACGCAGCUCCUGCUUCUCAUCCUGGCGAGAGGUUAAGCACAAGAUGCAGUUCCGAGUGAGUUGCCAGAGGGGAUAUCUUUCCCCCUCAAAACUGUGGUGGAUUUGGCAGCCUUCAAAGAGCGAAAGUCACAAGCGCAUGCUGCAACAUCCGUUGUAAAAUACUUGGCAGAAUAUGGUGGGAGUGACACAGUGGACACUGUUUCCCCGGGUAAUGAAGACGGUGUUGACAACAAAUCUGGCCCGCCAAUACUGGACAGACUCCACUUGAUAAACAUCUGUUUCAAUAGGAUGUCUACAAUUGAACCCAGCAACACACUUUAGAACCGCAAGGAAAUG